GAGCUUGAUCAUUCUGUCUCACCCUUUCAAUGGCUUCCAGAGCUUCAUUUACUGAUGAUUCGAGGAUGAUCAAGAAGACAAUGCCAAAAUCUCUGCUGCUCAGGGACUAUUUACUCGAUGAUAUGAGCUCCUGUUCUUCCAAUGGCUUCCGCUCGUAUCCUCGUCGUCAAUGUUGCACCACUGUUCGAUUCCUGGUGGAAAUUGAUCUUAACAAAAACAGUAAGCUGCCUUCGAAGCAGCGACGACCGUCGACUGUGGAAACCAAACCAAAACAAUUGUCGGUGCUCCAGAGAGCUUCUGCUGUGAUGGUUAAUGCAUUCAAGCAUUUUCCCUUCGCCGGCGCUAGGAAUUCUAGGAAGACUAAUUUUCUGCCGAGGAGUCUCUCUCGGAAGCUCUUGAAGCAUGGCUUCUGGAAGAAAACCGAUCAUAACAACGAGAUCAAACGGUUGAAAUCGUUUGGCGAUUUGAUCAAAGAGAAGGAAACUCCUCCGCCUCCAUCACCGUCGAAAUUCUCAACCGCCGUUACGACCACAACCACGGCGGAGCUCACCAGCUCAACGAGCAACAGUAACAGCGACAGCUGGUCCGAUAGCGACUUUACCACCACCACCACCACCACCACUGACAGCUUCACCACAGGUAAUUCUUCGGAUGUUAACACAUCUCAAAACGACGUCGUGAAUGAUAUACAGGAGAAAAAGAAGAUAGCAAACGGAAAGGGCGUUGGAGCAACCGCCAUGGCCACCACCUAUUCUUCCACUACCGAAAACGUAAAGGACAAGCAGCAAAACGAUUUGGUUGAGCAAUUUAGUCCUGUUUCUGUGAUGGAUUUUCCAUCUAAUAACGACAAUGAUGUGGCUGGUGAAGAUGAAGAUGAAGUUUCUUCGAUAUUCCAACGAACAAAAAGAUUGAUGCAUAAGACUCGAAGAAUUGAGGGUGUUCCUCAACUUGAGCCUAUCAAAUUAGAGGAUCGGAUGACUAGAUUGGUUGUUGAACCAACACAUGCAUGUCAUGAGUUUGAACAAGAAGAUAAACAACUUGAAAAUAAAGCAGUUGCAUUACUUCAAUUGAUGAUAUCAACAAAUUCUCAUCGUUUUUUCAAAUCUGAAGCCGUGAAGAGCCUCUUAUUAGGGUUUUUUAAAGAGAGAAUGUUUGAAGAAAACAUAUCAGAUUAUGAAAUGUUGCAUACAACAAGAGAGUGGAUGGACGGUCAAACACAAGAGUUGUUUUUAGAUUGGGAGUCUCAAAAGAAUAGGCAAACGUAUGCUAGAGCAAUGGAGAAAGGUGUGAAAUGGUCAGAUUAUGGUGAGGAAGAUGAGAAAAAGGAUAUUGGUUUGGAGUUGGAGCAUGAGGUUUUUACUUCACUCGUCGAUGAUAUUUUGCUAGAUUUUCAUCUGUAAGUGUUUGGCAUUUGGAAUUGAGAUUUUCAAUUGGGAAAGUUUCGUUCUUAUAUGCCAAAUGGUCAUGCUACAACUUGUAGAGACCAAUGUUUUGAACGUCAAAUUAGAGUAUUUUAAUCUGUUAUGAUAGAAUAUGUUGAAUUUUCAAACUAUCAGUUGUUUGUCAAUU